AUGCGCAGCGGCGCGGUGCUGCUGCUGGCCGCGCUGCUGCUGCUCGGCCCCGCGGGCCGCCCGGCGCGGGGAUGCAGCUGCGCGCCCGCGCAUCCCCAGCAGCUCCUCUGCGACGCAGCCAUCGUGAUUAGAGCAAAAAUAUCCAGUGAAAAGGUGGUUCCUGCCAGUGAUGAUCCUCUUGACACCCACAAAAUGAUCCGGUAUGAAAUCAAACAAAUAAAGAUGUUUAAAGGAUUUGAAAAGGUCAAGGAUGUCCAGUAUGUCUACACCCCCUUUGAUUCGUCACUCUGUGGAGUGAAGCUAGAUGCUAACAACAAAAAACAGUAUCUUUUGACAGGCCAAAUCUUAAGUGAUGGUAAAGUUCACAUCCAUUUAUGCAACUACAUUGAACCAUGGGAUGAUUUAUCCUUGUCUCAAAAGAAGAGCCUCAAUCAGAGAUAUCAGAUGGGCUGCGGCUGCAAGAUUACUACCUGCUACAUGGUGCCCUGUUCGAUCACGGCACCCAACGAGUGCCUCUGGACAGACUGGCUGAUCGAGCGGAAGCUGUACGGGCACCAGGCCAAGCACUACGCCUGCAUCAAGAGAAGCGACGGCACGUGCAGCUGGUACCGAGGUGGGCCUCCCCCCGAGAAAGAGUUCAUUGACAUCAGCGAACCUUAA